AAACCUAAACCUCCGUCGUGUCGCCUACAGGUCCAGUUCCAGUUCCAUUUCACUGCUUCCCAUCCCUCCCCCCUUCCCGCUGUCAGUCACACCGCUUACCGACCAUGGUCCAUCAUCACACCACAUUCUUUCUUCCGGUGCCCACUUCCCAUCCCUCCUUCGCAAUAACAUCAUUCGAUCCAUGGUUACCCUGCCCCUCUGCUAUCUAGGUGGGUUUCAUCAUUUGCCGGCCUCGUCUAUGCAUCCAUACAGAAUGCCCACGUUCCUGUGAUCUCCGACAAUAUCGAUCGCGACGAGGGACGGUUUCCGUGCCGUGGAAGAGAUUUCUCCAAUUCCUUCCAGUACACAACGCCAGUUGGUACGUAUCUCCAUGACAGCGGGGGGUUGGAAAAAAGGAACCUUUCGGUAGCGAGUUCAUGUUUCAUGAUAAUACAUUCGCGACGCCUCCGUUCCUUACUUUCGUCGCAAAUUACUGUUGAGGGUCGGGACCUUUUAUUCUCUUGGCUUCUGGUGUCUCGCCCCCCGAUCGAUUUAGAUGACAAGGCACCAUCAUUGCAGUAGCAGGAUUACACACAGAUGCCUACAUGGAAGGAAACCUCCAGGUGCGUCCUAGAUCGGACGUUGUUUAUCCUGCCGCCUAUAGAUGAAAGGAGCGGUAUUGCCAAUCAGAAACUUUCUUUCCUCGGCGUUGUGGGCGAAGGCCGCAUGCUUCUUCAAUUUGCCAUGCGCUGGGAAAACGCACGCUAGGAGUGGUGUUCCAGGUCUUGUUCCCUUUUUUUUUUCUUUUCCUGAUCGAUUAUCAUGCGAGGAGUACUGGAAGUGGCUCAUCCUUGUUUACCCGUAUCCCUGCUUGAAUGGUGUCUCACAUACUGGGGUUGAACCCUGUCGGCGACAACGUUGGUUACAGGGCAAAACAUCCGAGCAGGCUCCGAUGUAGGAAUGCUAGGCUGGGGUGUUGUUUUUUUUCCCCUCGGGAGGCAAAUAGUGUGUACUGGUGCUGUAGAUGGUUGGAAUGGAGACCCGGGUUUGGUGUUUAUUGCGGGUCUCCAAUGAAUCUCAGCAAUGGGGGAGUGCACAUGACCUUUAUGACAUCUGAUCUGCCCGCUCGCUGGUGGAGGAAUGGAGUCAUUGUUUAGUCUGAAUGAUGGAGACCGUUCCUUUCAACCAUUGAUUGAGUGAUAGUAGAGUAGCAACGAAAACACAAGAAAGCCCGGGCCGGGAGUGGAAAACCGAGUGUGGAUACGGGGUCACUCCAGUGGGAUUUGACGACUCGAAAGGCGG